AACAAAGUUGUCGACCGUGCAAAGCACACGGGGAGGAUUUUAUUUAUCCGGAGCGGCUCGUUUAGUGCAGCAGCGGUGUGCAGGGAGGAACCGGGACGGAGCGCCGGGUUCUCCUCACUUCUCUCCUCUGGCUCUGGCCAAACUUCUCCGCUACUAACCACCGAGUCAGGACGGGCUUUCUGCUUUAAAACGGGAAUGAUAAAAGCAGCCGAGCGCAGACAGGCGGAUGGACGGACGGACUGAGGAGUCAGACGGGUCCCGUAUGUGUCUGUGGCUUUUUCUGUCGCCUGACUUAAACUAAAUCAUGUUUUAGUUGUUUUUUUACGCGCACAUUUCUCCUUGAGAUGAAUGGCAGACGUCGGGUGACUAUCUGUGCACAGACGGAUUUAUUUUCUAGUCUACACUGGACCCACAUGAAGCUGUGAUCGCCUGCUUUGUGUCUUUCUUUUUUUCUUAAAAGGGAAAUUUAAACAGAGAGACUUCCCCCCCAACACGCCGCACUGGAUAACCAAGAGAUCAAACUUUACUGAAGUUUAUUUCAGACUUUGUAGCGAAGAUGCAGAUGUGGGGCCACAUGAGGGUCCACAAAGGAGGCCCUCCGCGACCAUAGGUCACGCCGAAGUGUCCUGGAUGUAUGUUUCUCCCAUUUCCUGUCUGGAUUGACUUGAAGUGUUAGUAAUUGUCUAAUAAUCCGAUGGAUUCUGCCUCACCACAGCCUACCUGUGCCUGUGGCUUCUCCACAUGAGGGCAAACCAGAUGACUCAGAGGACUUAAGUCAUGCAACCACCCUGAAAUGUCUUAAAAAAGUCUUAUUUAUCUGUUUUGUAUUUAUUCUGUGUAUAUAAGGGUUCUUUUUUUAAAGCUUUGUGCUAGUUUCAAGGCCAUUUUUUACUUUAUUGGUAAGAAUUUGAUCUUAAUUUUAAUGUGUCGUAGUGAAAACUGUAGAUUAACUUGAACACCUUGCUGUAUAUCUACCCACACUGUAUCUGAGCUCAUUGAUCUGUAAUUUAAAGGGGCGAGCUGUGAGAUUGACUUCAUCAUGGACAGGCCCAUAAGCAAGUUAUUGGAGAAGUUAAAGCUAACGGACUCGGGCAGUGUGAAAUUCAACAGUUCAAAGAAAAAGCACGACUCUGCCAACAACUCUAAUAACAGCAACGCCAACACUGGCGUCUCCGGUGGCGGUGGCGGCGGUCUGCCACCAGCUCCCAGCGCUGCAGCUGCCUCGCCCUCCAGACCCGGCCAGUUCUCGCUUGCCUCUGCAACCACAAGCGAUGCAUGUGUUCCAGCGAGUGGCAGAGGAGGAGGAGGAGGAGGAGGAGGAGGAGGGAUGGCUCCCUCUCAGCUCCUCACCCCGCCGCCGCCGUCCUCCACAGGAGGUGCCAUACCUCAAGAUGGCGAGCAACCACUCCACCCUUCCACCUUGGCGCCAUUGAGGCGUCGCUCCCCCCAGCAGCGAGCUUCCUGUUACCUCGGCGAGGGCGUGGACUCCCACCUGAGGCGUGAGUCCGGCUUGGGCCCUGAGUGCGACCCUAUGGGGGCGUUCGGCUCCAAGGGGUCCCUCAACCAGCGGCGCUACUCCCUGGAGCUGCAGCAGCUGGUCAGGCGGCAGCAGCUCCUCUCCCAGCCGCCGCCUCUCUCCGUUCCCCCGCCGUACCCCCCCUCCUCGGGCUACGGCUCGGCCCCCAGGGGCGGCCUGGCGGAGCCCGGGUACCUCCCGGAGCCCGAGAGGCACAAACGCCUCUCGCUGCAGGAGGCGCUGUUCUACAAGCGUCUGAGCACGGGGAGCGAGCUGUGGGAGAGCCCCCGGCCCGCUUCCCUCUCCCACCCACCACAUCGCACAUCUGAUGUGCCCGGGGGAGGCGUGGGAGGGGGCUUCUUCUACCCCCCGGGGCCCACCCUGAGCCCCUGCUCCUCCUUCAGCCUGCAGGAGUCGGUGCUGGUCAGCCCCCGGUCCAGCUUCGCCUCCAGCACGGCCAGCGGCGGCGGCGGGGGGAGCCCCAUGGGGAGCCGCUGCAGCAGCAACCGGACCAGCGGCAUCAGCCUGGGCUACGACUCCCGCUACUCCGCCUCCGGGGGCCCCCCGCAGCAGCAGUCCCCCUCCAUGCAGACAGGGGGCUCUGUGGCGGGCUACGGGGCCCCGGGCCGGGCCGGGGUGACCCCCGUGGAGGCCUGGACUCAGUACCUGGACGGAGGGAUGCGUCCCGGCGCGUACGACAGCCGACACUCCUACCCGCCGGCCGUGGGGAGCCCGGGGGCCGCGUGCUACCCGGCCGGCCCCGAGUGGUGGGACGACCAGCAGGCAGGAGUCAGAGGCAGAGACGGGGCCGUGGUGGGGGACAGGGCCCGCUACUCAGACCUGCCGGGCACCCGCUACCAGGAGGAGCUCACCCGGCUCCUCCUGAGGGACGCUGCGCUGACGGGCGGGGGGCUCCUGGAGGGCCUCAUGCUGAAGGAGCAGUCUCUGGCCCUGACGGCGCUCUCCAAACCGAGCACCACCACGAUGGGGCCCUGCUCGGCCGGGGGCCCCGGGAAACCUCAGGAGGAUCCAGGAGUCGGAGCUGGGAGGGACGAGAACCGCCAGGAGUUCUUUGGAACCUGUGUGAAGUGUGGGAAAGGUGUGUACGGGGCGGAUAACGCCUGCCAGGCUCUGGACAGCCUCUAUCACACACGCUGCUUCACCUGUGUGUCCUGUGGACGCACCCUGAGAAACAAGGACUUCUACAAUGUCAGCGGCUCUGUGUACUGUAAAGAGGAUUACAUGUUUUCAGGAUUCCAGGCGGCUGCGGAGAAGUGUAGUGUGUGUGGUCACCUUAUACUGGAACAGAUCCUGCAGGCUCUCGGGAACUCGUACCACCCCGGAUGUUUCCGCUGUUUCGUCUGCUCCAAGUCUCUGGACGGGGUUCCUUUCACCGUCGACCAUCUCAGCAACAUCUACUGCGUGGCAGACUACAACAAGACUUUUGCCCCGAAGUGUGCCGCCUGUUUACAGCCCAUCUUACCUACUGAGGGCAGCGAGGAGAUCCUCAGGGUCGUGUCUAUGAACAAGGACUAUCACUUUGAGUGUUACCACUGUGAGGAGUGCGGUAAGCAGCUGUCGGAUAAGCCCGGCGCGCAGUGCUUCCCUCUGGACUCUCAUCUCCUCUGCCACUCGUGUCACAUGAGCAGAGCGUGCGCCACACACAACAUUCCCCCUCACAACACACACUGAUCAGCUUCCUGUGCAGCUGUGGACAAAAAAAAGCUGCUCUCAACAUGCUGUCAUUCUCUAUAAUGUGCUUCUGCUCCGUCAUAUGUCCUGUAUUUGUUUUCUGAAGAUGAAACUGCUGAUAUUCAGAUCAGUCCCUUUUUGUUUUUUAUAUCAUGAACUGCCUGCUGUACUAUUACUGUACUAUAGUUAUAAGGGAACGGGAAAGAAACUACUGCUUUUUGUUGUUUUAACCCCAAUGUGGCUACUGUUUGCUGUAGAAGAACAAGGGAUUUUGUUAAACUGUUGUACAUAUAUUAUCGCUAGCAAACAUUUUGCACUUAAAUUUGACUUUACUGUAAGAUUUGUUACGUGAAUCUGUACAAUUUGGGGGAAAAAACAUUACUGUAAGUUGUAAUAAAUAUUUUCAUUUGUGUUCGGAAUAA